GCCUCUGUUUUCCGCCUGUGCAGCCGCGGUGCUCUUCCACCGGGCCCCGUUGUCUGUGAAGCGGGGCACGCGGGGAGCGGCGCUGAUGCUAUUCCACGCUUGCCUUGGCUGGGGUGUGUGUGUGCGCGCGCGCGCGCUUUUGCUGCUGGCGGAACCGGCCUAUUUCCACCUCGUGCCAGGCCUCCUCCGGGAUGGAUGCUCUGGCCGGCAGCUCAGGUGGGGCCUCUGCUGGCCGUUCUGGAACGUUGCUCCGAGGUGCCCACCUGGCGACGGGGAACCCCUAGUGGGGAGUGGCGAGGGCUUGCGUCCCCUGUGGCGCCGAGGCCACCUCGGGCCGAGCCGGAGAACGACGGGGCCUCACCAAGGGCAGGGCAGCCCCUGGGCGAGAGGCGGAGAACUCGGGCUCCGGGGCCGGGCCUCGCGCGGGGAUUGAAGCCGGCCGGUGUCGGUCGCGUCUGGUCUCCAGCCCUUUUGGCCUCACCUGGAAAGCCCGCCCGCCCUUCUGCAGGGCUUGAGGUGGCGGGGCGGAGGCCUCUCCGCCGGGCAGCUUUUGCCGCCGGCGGACUUCCCUUUCUGUACGCGGGGAAGCGCGCUGCCCUGGGGGCCUGCUUUCUUCUCGGGCCCGGCGAAGCGAGGCUUAUGUGCUGUCUUCGGCCCAGCCCUGGUUGGCAGAGCGGUGGGAGCACGCCGGGGUACGCCUGUGGGACCCGUACUCCGGUCUGCAGCCGUGUCCAGAUCGCCGGUCUUGCUCGCCGGUGAGCGGGGGGGCGGCGCUUUCUGGUCAGUUUGUAGCCUUAACUCGUCAGAGGUGGUCUAUCCUUCGUCCCGGCGGCUGGACUUUGAAAGCGGCUGAGGUGAUUCUCGGUGGCUGCGGAGGGAGGCGAAAUGCUCUCCCCGGCGUCAGCAGAGUGAGGGAGGGCCAUCCCCGCUGCCGAUCACGACCCCUCCCUUGCCUCUCCCGUGCGGUGUGGUUGCCGAGCGCGCCGGCCGUGGCUGCAAGGCAUGGGUUCCUCUUCCAGCUUUGCCGCCGCGCUGCUCUCCGGCUAGCGGGGAAUCCCUCCGCCAGUCGAGCCUUAUUGCGGCAGGACUCGGGAGAGCCUGUACCCCACGGCCCCUUCUUCUUCCUCAGAUGAAAUAGCAGAGACCCAGCGAAUGAAGCUCGAAGCCUGUCUCGGUCGUGGACUGGAGUGAGAAGAAGGCCGUGCCGUGGGAGCAAGACAGAACAUCGGGCCAUGAUUUUGGUGCAUGUGAGGACAGGCCCUGUGCACAAGGCUGUCUGGUGUGCUGUGAGCCAUGGCUUCUCGCCCAAGAUGGUGGUUCAUGCUUUUGGUUCUCACUGCUGGAAAUGGGAAAAGUGCCAUCCUGAUCCACUAGAUGCUUGAUAGUCUUCAGCAAUGCAUCCCUUUGCUGUUCCAGAUAAAUCCUUCUCCAGUGGGAGAUUUGAGACAAACAACAGGAAUAUUAAUUCUCUGUCAGAAGAUUAGGCAUGGCCGGUAACUUGGCUUUAGAAGAAGAGUGAGAACCAGGGGACCAGGGGGAAUGACUGCCUCAGAGACCACCGGAACUGCUGUGUUGGCAGAGAAAUUGCAGGUUUGUGCAGAAGACUUAUGACAUCAAGUACAUCCAACAGGAAGGUGCUUCUGAAGAAAGUAUAUCCAAGGCUGGAGCACACUUAGCGGUGAACGUGAGGAAUACUUGAAAAGUGCCCGAUAUAUCUUACCAUGGAAAAGCUGACCUUCUGUCUUCUGGUUAUGAGCACUGCUGUGAGGGCCAUGAGAUGUCCCAUGCGCUGCAUGUGUCAGAGCCUGUCCCCAUCUUUCACCAUUCUCUGUGCAAAAAACGGGCUGCUCUUUGUACCUCCUGCCAUUGACCGACAAACUGCAGAACUCCGGCUGAUGGACAAUUUCAUCACAACUUUGCGAAGGAAGGAUUUUGCAAACAUGACAGACCUGAUCCAUUUAACACUGUCACGAAAUACAAUCAGUCAUAUUAUGCCUUAUGCAUUUUUUGAUCUUAAAGGCCUUCAUGCAUUACAUUUGGAUAGUAACCGACUCACCUAUAUUGAUGAGGAUCACUUCAAAGGGUUGAUCAACCUUCGCCACUUAAUUCUCAGUAACAACCAAUUACAUUAUAUUUCACCUGGAUCUUUUGAUGAUUUCAUUGACAUGAUUGAGGAUCUGGAUCUAUCAUAUAAUAAUCUUGUUAAUGUCCCCUGGGAAACUAUUGGGAGGCUUUCAAAUGCCAAUACUAUUAGUUUGGAUCAUAACCUCAUAGAUUUUGUUCCUGAAGGAAUCUUCUCCAAUCUUCACAAACUGGCUCGGCUAGACAUGACUUCUAACCAGUUGAAGAAGAUCCCUCCAGAUCCUCUUUUCUCCCGCAUCCCUGUCUAUGCCAAGCCCAAGGGUACCCCUCUGUCUUCUCUGGUAUUGAGCUUUGGAGGGAACCCGCUACACUGCAACUGUGAGCUGGUGUGGCUGAGGCGUUUGACUAGGGAAGAUGACCUGGAGACAUGUGCCUCCCCACCAGAGCUGAUGGGCAAGUAUUUCUGGUCCAUCAAGGAGGAGGAAUUUGUCUGCGAGCCUCCAAUGAUUACUCACAGAACUGCAAAGCAAGUGAUCAUGGAAGGACAGAGUGUUUCCUUGAAGUGUAGAGCAGUGGGUGAUCCAGAGCCAUAUGUGCGCUGGAUUUCACCUGGAGGAAAACUGGUUUCCAACACUUCUCGAACCAUUUCCUAUGAGAAUGGGACUCUGGACAUUUUAGUGACUUCCAUGGAGGAACAAGGCACAUAUACUUGUAUAGCAUCCAAUGCUGCAGGAGAGUCCACUGCACCAAUUGAACUUCUGGUCAGCCCAUAUCCUCAUCUUGCUAAUAGCACAAACUGUGACAAAGAAGCUGAGACAGGCCCAUCAGAUAUUCUCAUCUCAGCCAAGUCUAGCUUCUCCAAUGAAACCAAAUCUCACCAAGAGAGGAAAGUUGCUGUUGCUGAGUUGACCUCAUCCUCUGCUCUCAUCCAGUGGCCUUCACAGCACCAUAUUCCUGGAAUACGAAUGUUCCAGAUCCAGUACAACAGCUCUGCUGAUGAUAUCCUGGUAUACAGGAUGAUUCCAGCUGCCAGCAAGUCUUUCUUCCUGACCGACCUGGUUGCUGGGCGCGACUAUGACCUAUGUGUCCUCGCUGUUUAUGAUGAUGGCGUGACUUCUCUGACAGCAACCCUAGUGGUGGGGUGUGUGCAAUUCACCACAGAGGAGGCAUACCGGCAGUGUCAGUCCCUCCAUGCCCAGUUUCUUGGUGGAACUAUGAUUAUCAUCAUUGGAGGCAUCAUUGUGGCUUCCGUCCUUGUUUUUAUCUUCAUCCUACUGCUGAAAUACAAAGUUUACAUCAACCAUCACAAAACCAAAAACACUGAAGUGAAUAACGUUUGCUCCCAAACCAAUGGUAGUCAAAGUAACUCUGUGGCACAUUCCAGUUCUAAACUGGCUGAAUGGCUCCAGCAAGAAUGUUCAAGCUUGCCUCUUAGAGGCAAAACUAUAUUAGAUUUUGAGUAUGAACAAGCAGCCCCUACAGAAGUGUCUGUUUUAAGAAGCGAAGCCUUCCCUUAGUAGUCAUACUGAGCCCAGGCAAGAAGUACUAAAUAAUAACUCAUGUGGUUGUAUUUUAAGCUUCACUACUAUUGUCUAUUUUUAAGAUGAGAUGAUUUUAAACACUAUUUUUUUAAUCUGUAAAAGUUCUUGCAUUCUUAACUAUUUUUGUUGCACUAUAUUAAAUAUAAACUCUGUGAUUUGGAAGGUUUUUAUGUAAGAAUCUACUCGCAACCAAGUCUGGAUCAGUGCUUACAAAAACUCCGUAUAGUGCAAGUUACUUACCACUAAGCAGAUGCACUCCCCUUCAGCACCAUAGGCUUUACUUCCACAAUAGCAUGCUGGUGAGGAAGUCCAUUUAAAGGAAAAGUGCUAAAAAGUGUCAGGUGAACUGCCAGAAUUCAAGGAACAGAAAGGUUUAGGGAAGACUGGUACAGGUGGCCCUCAGUUAA